AUGCUGCUGGAUACUGGUUCUGAGCUGUCGUUCACUACAAGGGAGCUAGUCAAGAAGUUCAGCUUGCCGAUUUCUCCAGCUGUGCUACCGGUCGUUGGUAUCAGAGGUUCGACCUCUGCCUCUAAUGGGUUCUCUCAAUUCUCUCUCAAGUCUCUGCACUCCAGCAAGCAGAUUCUUGUCAAGGCCUACGUUCUCAAUAGCCUCACGUCGUCGUUGCCGUCGUUCUCCGCCUCUCAACCUCAGCAUUGGGAGCAUCUCCGAGGGUUGCAGCUAGCGGAUCCACACUAUCUGACGUCAAGACCUGUCGAUCUUCUCAUUGGCGCAGAUUUCUUUGGAUCUAUAGUGGAGCCGCAGAUCAUCAAGGGGCUAUCCGAUUCUCCUAUUGCGAUGCUGACUCUCUUCGGGUGGGUGGGGCUCGGGCCCACCUCUGCAGUGACGUCGGCGGCGAGCUCGCAUCACGUCUCUGUCAGCAACGAGGAACUUAGCGAGCUUCUCACCUCGUUCUGGCAGCAGGAGGAGGUAUCUGCGGCGGAGGGCAAGGACGUCGCUCUCACGAAGGAAGAGGCAGAGUGCGAGGAGUUUUUCCAGCGCACCCAUGCCCGGGAUCGCUCGGGGCGCUAUAUUGUUCGUCUGCCUCUCGUUCGCUCUCCCGCAGAGCUCGGGGAUUUUCUAGGCCACGCGAAGGCGUGCCUCGCGAGCCUGCUUAGGAGGUUGGAGAAAAAUCAAGGAUCUCUGCAGCUUUAUAGUGAAUUUCUCAAGGAGUACGAAGAGUUGGGGCACAUGGUGUGUGUUCCGGCUGUACCUGUCUCAGGCGACUCUCGGAUCUUGGACCGUGAACCUGGCGAGAUGACCUUGGCACAUGGGGCUUCGGCCUCAGGAGGGUUGAGGGUCUCCGAGGGCGGGCGGUUAUACCAGGAUUCCGGUCAGAGUUCGUCUAAAAGGCAAUCUCGCUAUUCUGCUCCUACGUUCUACUUCCCUCAUCAUUGUGUUCUCCGGGAAAGUAGUGAAACUACGAAGCUGAGGGUAGUAUUUAAUGGUUCCAGUAAGAGUAGCUCCGGAGUGUCUCUCAACGACAUCAAGCAUACUGGGGCCAAGCUGCAACGCAACAUCUCUGAUGUACUGCUCUGGUCUCGGCAGAGCAGGUACAUCUUUAUGACGGACAUCACGAAGAUGUUCCGUCAGAUCAAGGUGCAUCGGGAGGACUGGCCUCUCCAACAGAUUUUGUGGCGUGAUUCUCGGGGCCACAUCUGCACCUAUCAGCUCACCACCGUCACCUACGGGACCAAGUCUGCUCCAUUUCUCGCCUGUAGGGUUCUCGACCAGCUGUUCAAGGACGAAGGGCAUCGGUUCCCUCUAGCCGUUUCCCCCUUGAGCAGCGGAAGAUAUGUGGACGACAUCUGUGGUGGAGCUGACGAGGAGGACGAUCUCCAUUUCGUAGCUCAGCAAGUGGCGGAGCUCUGCUGGGCUGGGGGAUUCCCUCUAGCGAAGUGGCACUCGAACAGUCCGUCUCUACUUCGUGCUCUGACACCGGGAGGCUUCUCUCAGAGUCCGAAGCCGCUAGAGAACUCUACCACAAAAAUUCUCGGCUUAAAGUGGGAUCCAAGCGACGAUCGGUUGAGGUUCUCCAUUCAGCUCUCAGUCGGCGUGAAGCCAUCGAAGAGGAUUGUGCUGUCGGAGAUUGCGCAGCUCUUCGACCCUCUAUGGCUGCUCUCACCGGUGGUGAUACGUGCCAAGGCUCUUCUGCAGCAACUGUGGCUGGAGAAGCUGGACUGGGACGAGGAGUUGCCGGUGCAUCUGGUCCAGAAGUGGGUUCGGUUCCGAGAGAACUGGCCCAGGUGGAUCAACUCUCGAUCCCGCGGUGGAUGGGAUGUAAGAAGGAUUCUCGGGUGA